CCGCGGGCCUAAAAGCUGCACGCCGACAGCUUCUUGCUGCAAAUCUGACAAUAUGGCGACCUUUCGCUUGGUUUAUAAAAAUCCAAUUCAGCACGUGUAUCAAAGUGCCAAACUUCAAUCGUGAAAACAUGGAUGACAACCGCCAGGAGCAGACGUACGAUGGACCCGCCGGCAUGAACCCAGACGGCAUCAUCGAGUCGAACUAUAGCGAGUCUUAUGACAACUUCGACCAGAUGGGUCUGCGUGAGGAGCUCCUCCGCGGCAUUUACGCAUACGGUUUCGAGAAACCGUCUGCCAUCCAGCAGCGCGCCAUUGUGCCGUGCGUGAAAGGAAGCGAUGUAAUCGCACAAGCUCAGUCCGGUACCGGAAAGACUGCUACAUUUUCCAUUGCGAUCUUGCAGCAGAUCAAGACCGAGAUUCCGGACUGCCAGGCGCUGAUUCUGGCCCCGACGCGCGAGUUGGCCUCGCAGAUCCAGAAGGUCGUCAUCUCGCUGGGUGACUUCCUGAAGGCGCAGUGCCACGCCUGUAUCGGCGGCACCAACGUGCGCGACGAUAUGCGCCGCCUGGAGCAGGGCUGCCAUAUCGUGGUCGGUACGCCCGGUCGUGUCCACGACAUGAUCUCGCGCAACGUGCUGCAGCCGAAGAACAUCAAGAUGUUCGUGCUUGACGAAGCCGACGAGAUGUUGUCGCGCGGUUUCAAGGACCAGAUUCAGGACGUGUUCCAGAAGCUGCCGGCGGACGUGCAGGUCAUCCUGCUGUCCGCUACGAUGCCGGCGGAUGUGCUCGAGGUGUCCCAGCACUUCAUGCGCAACCCGGUCAAGAUUCUGGUGAAGAAGGAGGAGCUGACCCUGGAAGGUAUCCGGCAGUUCUACGUCGACGUGAAGUACGAGGACUGGAAGAUCGGCACGCUGUGCGAUCUGUACGACACGCUGUCGAUCACGCAGGCGGUCAUAUUCUGCAACACCCGCCGCAAGGUCGACCAGCUGACCGAGCAGAUGACGGAGAAGACGUUCACCGUGUCCGCCAUGCACGGCGACAUGGAGCAGCGCGAUCGCGAUCUGAUCAUGAAGCAGUUCCGUACCGGCUCGUCGCGUGUCCUGAUCACCACGGAUCUGCUCGCCCGUGGUAUCGAUGUGCAGCAGGUAUCACUAGUUAUUAAUUAUGACCUUCCAACGCUGCGGGAGAAUUACAUUCAUAGAAUUGGACGUGGUGGACGUUUCGGUCGUAAGGGAGUUGCUAUCAACUUCGUCACCGAACAGGACAAGCGGGUUCUCGCCGAUAUCGAGAAGCAUUACAACACUACCAUCGAGGAAAUGCCAGCCAAUCUGGCCGAUAUGAUUUAAAUUGCGGAAGUGCGAAAUAUUUUUGUUGUCUUUCCCCUCAAAAACGAAGAAACGAGCAAAGAUAAAUAACAACAGCAGCAGCAGCAGCAGGCCAGCGCCGCGCACCCGCAUAUAAUAACCAAGAGUGUGUUGUGUCUCUCUCUCUCUUUCUCUCUUCGUUCUUCCGGGUGUACUGUUGUGGUUUUUUUGUGUGGCCGGGGGUGGUGGGUGGUGGUGUGUUAGUAACUAAAUAUUGUAAGAAAGAUUCCAGAGACAUUUACGGAAAAGAAACAAGACGCGCGAGUGGCGGAAGCGCAGUGUAGCGUCCGAGAGGGGAGGAGUGUGAGGGAAGGGGAGAGUGUAUUCGAGCCGCGUGCGUGAAUCCAGCACCUCCACAUUGCCGCCGGUCUGCGGGGAGAAAACUACACCAGUAGCGCGCCGGAAGAUUGCGAUCGAUCGAGCGACGAGCAAGAGCAGCAAGAGAAGCAACAAAUUCCGCAAAUGGUAGCAGAUCCGGUAAUAACAACAACGCAGGAGAGAAGAAUUGACACAAGGAUACAACAGAUUUAGCAACCCAGCAGUCCGCAGUAGCAGCAGCAGGGGCACCCCAUUUAGCGCCGCGGCUGUCUACGGAGAAAGAACAUCCAGAAGAACAACAGCCACGUCCUUUCUAUAUAAACAAAAAUAAAAAAAAAUCACGGUGUAAAAGGAAUUAAUAACAGAAGAAAGCCCUAAAUCUACUACUUUUAUUGCUAAUAAAAUUAUUCAAACCAACCAACACAACAACCAAGCUGCGGUGGCAGCAGAAAGACGAUAA